AUGAAGCUUCACUUCGGAGUCUUACUGUGCCUGUGCGCCCUAGCGGCUUCACUUACACCCCUUAAGGACCAUUCUGAACACGGCUUAUUCGACAUCCCUAUUCAGAUCAAAAAUGACUACGAAGACACCAUGGAUACAGAUGAACACACGAUUCGCUCUCGCGUUGUCUCCCGAAGAUCCCAUUGCCUAAGCUACGCGGACUGCAAUGGUGGCUGGUGCCACAAAGGGCAAUGUCUGGAUGGUGCCUGUGACGGAGACAAACUAUGUCCCGAUGGCUACGGCUACGAGUGCGAUGGCAAGAAUUGCUUCAAGUACCGUCCACCUUGGGUGCAAGAGAUCCCCGGUAAUGGCCUAAAGAACCAGAUUCUCUCCACGUUGCUCGGCCGCGCCAAAACACCGGCUGAGGCGCAGACCUCCCUGAAGGUGUACGACCAGGUCCGCCGCCCGCCCACGCGACGCAUUGGCGAGGCGAGUCGGGACACGGAGCUUAUCGCUGCUGGUUUGGGAGAAACGAAAAGGCUGAACUUGGCGGAUCUGAGAGCGAAAUUGCAGCCGAGGUGGAAUUCCAUUAUAGAUUCCGACAAUGAGAAGCACCGUGAUGAGGCGCUAGAGCUGCUAGUGCGGGAGUUGAAGUCUUAG